UGGUGGCGGACUGGAUAUUUGGCACCUUCCAGAAGAUUCCUCCUCCCCCUACCCACUCAGCCGCAUCGCGCUGCCUGCGCUCCGCUCAUGGCGUCCACGCCGAGCACCACCACGUCGACCCUCCGCUCGCCGUUCUCCUCGGCCCCCCGCGGGACCCGCCUUCCGUCCACGCUCCGUCUCUCGCCCGCCCAGCCCGCUUCUGCUGGCUGCCGCGCGGCGCCAGGCCGGCACACGUGCCCGCGCGCGCGCGUUCGGUGCGCCGCGGCCGUGAAGUUCAUUGCGCAGAGCGAGUUCGCGGCGGAGGUGCUGGAGUCGGAGCUGCCCGUCCUCGUUGACUUCGUCGCCGACUGGUGCGGACCGUGCCGCCUCAUCUCGCCCGUCGUAGAUUGGGCCUCAGAGGAAUAUGAUGGGAGAUUAAAGAUUGUCAAGAUUGAUCAUGAUGCAAAUCCUCAGUUGAUUGAAGAGUACAAGGUUUUUGGUCUCCCAACACUCAUUCUCUUCAAGAAUGGGCAAGAGGUACCAGGUAGCCGAAGAGAAGGUGCAAUAACAAAAGACAAGUUCAAGCAAUACCUGGAGCCUCUCUUGGCGACAACUGUAGCUUAAUAUCAGUAGUGCCUGCAGUUUAAGCCCUCAGAAUGUCGAUGGCAUUGGCUUGCGUAAAGCAUCGGGAAUGUUGAAGAAUCCCUCCUUACAUGAGCAACAUUUUUCUAGUUUGUAAUUAACUACACCAUCUUGCUUGACUAUGUAUGAUUGUCAUUGGCAAAUUUAGUAUAUAUAAAGAGCUGUGAUGAGGAUGUAUCAACUAAUUUUAAAUGACUAAUAUUAAGCAAGUUCAUUUUAUGA